UUUUUUUUCCUCUACUUAAAUCCGGGUUUAACUUUUUUUUUGCUCGAGCCCAAACAGCCGCUGUCAGUCACGUGCUGCGCUCCAGCAUUUACCACUCACUCCCAAACACGAGCAGUCAGUCAGUCACUCGCUUUUCGUUUGGUAACGAAUUAUUCAAAUCUUCAAAAGUUCCUUUGUCUACUCAGUGUUUUUGGAUGUGUGUGUCUUCACAUGUUUGUUGUAUAGCAAGGAAAGUAGUAUCAAUAAUAGUGAAAUUGUACCUAAUUGCCUUUGUUGAAUAUGAGGGCGAGUGAGGGAUCAGACCGUUACAGGUAAGAUGAUUAUUUGACCAAAGCCCGAGUUUGGCUGGAUGACGGAAACGUAUGUGUUUGAACAAAAAGCUGAGCUAAAGAUGCAUCUGCAAUUGGAAAUAUAUUGUAUUUUAUAUAUAUAUUAUACAAUAUACUUUUUUUUUCUAGGUUUCACAUAGGUCCUGGUAGCUCAUUAGGUGAAGUGUUGAUCUUUGCAGCUGCUGGUCUGCGGUUUGAUCCCCUACCUUCCCAGCACAAAUAUAAUAUACAACAUUGGUUUUAUAAUUAUUACAGAAAAGUCCUUUGUCUUUUUCUGGAUAUUGUGUAACUGGCCUUUUUUGUUUUGGGCCACUGCCCUUAAAAAUGUCUGCACGGCCCUGCCUUUGACCCAAUGUGAAGCGUGCGUGAGGCGGUCUGAGCUGAAAUGACUGGAUGCUCCUCUGCCUCCGCGCUGCAGCUCGUCCUGAUCAGCAGCCGCCCCUUUGGCUCCGUGUGCAAGUAAUUACCUGAUUAUUUCUGCAGGACGCUGCCAGAGGCUGCGUUGCACUCCUUCCGUUUAUUGAGAUAACUCGGACUCAGCGUGCAAGCUUAGCAGAUUGGACUAAAGCUCAGCUGGAUGAUGAGCAGGAGGAGAAGCAGCUCAGACAAACUAGACGAGAGCCGCUGUGAAGAGGAACCAGUCAGGAAGAGAGGAGAUGCUGGCUCAGCUGGUUCUGGGAUGGACUGCCUUGCUCAGCAACGUCCAACCUGUCUCUCCUUCCAUCACAGCCAGAUUUCCAUCGAGCAGAGGAAGCAGGUGGUGGGGUCAGAGAUGUGAACUCUUCAUUCCUCCUCCUCUUCCUCCUCCUCUGUUUCCUCCAAUCAAGCAGAAAGCUGAGCUGAUGGUCGACAUAACGGAGCACAUCACUGGACUUAAGGGGGAGAAGGGCUGCAGAGGACCCAGAGGCCCAGAGGGCCAACCUGGUGUGAAAGGCCCAGGAGGAGAACAGGGAACACAAGGAAGCAUGGGCCGGGCCGGGCAAAAGGGAGAGAAGGGGGACAGAGGCUGGAGAGGCCUGUAUGGAGACAUAGGAACUCCUGGAAUGAUAAAGGGCACCAAGGGCCGUAAAGGCUUCAGGGGUGAUAAAGGUGCAGACGGAGGCAGAGGAAGCCAUGGGGAGAAGGGCGACCGUGGUGUCGGUGCAGUGCCAGGAGAGAAGGGCGACUCCGGACUGAGGGGUGAUGCUGGACAGAGGGGGGAGCAGGGGCCGAGAGGAGAGCCAGGAGGCAGAGGAAGCACGGGGUUGAUGGGAACUCUUGGGCCACCGGGAAGGUUGGGUCAUCAGGGACCAGCGGGACUGCCAGGUCUGACCGGGGAUCCUGGACGACCUGGACAAGUGUUCAUCCUGCCGGGCCUCCUGGGAGACACAGGAAACCGAGGACCUCCGGCCAAAUGCAACUGCUCACAGGCUCAGAGCCCAACACAGCUGUUGGACCAGAUCCAGACGGUCUUUGUUGCAGAUGGAGAGAAACAGAUGAGGAAACUACGAGGGGAGAAUGUGAUGGUGCUGAGGACGGACAGGAGAGCUCUGUACAUCUACAGUCAGUCCCAGUGGAUCAACGUGCUGGACCGCCACAGACACUGAGCCCGACUCUGCUCCAGCAGCAAUGAAGGCCGCAGCAGCUCAGACUGUGCUACUGUAUCUACUGUUCACCUGCACUAUUCUGUCCAUUAUCCAGUCAGAUUAAAUGUGCUACCACUGA